AUGCCACCUGCCAUGCUCUUUGUUGGCUGUCGGUCCCCUGCUGACAAAAUCUACGCGGAUACCUUGAGAGAGUGGGCUUUGGCUGCGAGAGUCAACAUUUUCUACGCUUUCUCCCAAAACACGGAGAAUACAGAAAGUGCAGGGUGCAAGUAUGUUCAGGAUAGACUUUGGCUGGAGCGAGUUCGGGUGAUGGACCUGUGGGAACAGGGAGCAAGAAUGUAUGUUUGUGGCAGCAGGCUUGUGAACGAGGGUGUGAAGGAUGUACUCAAGAGGAUGUAUGUUGAGAGUGUGCAGAAGCAGAAGGGCCAAGAUCUUACGGAGGCGCAGGUUGAAGAGUGGUGGGCGAGUACAAGAAGGCACAGAAUCUUUGUGCUUUAUUCACCCAAGCAAGCAGAGUAUGCAUCAAGCGAGAUUCGCUAG